AUGACUUUCUACAGCGAACAAGGACAGGGAAGCACAAUGUUUGGUGGAAAAAAACAACGUUGUGGAAGCCGUAAGGUUCCAAGGAUCGUGUUUGUGGUCAUCAUUCUUUUUCUUCUUGGAGCUCUUGGCGUCACAUUGAUUCUGUUGCUCACAGUGAACAAAGGGCAGGAGUUCACUUCUGACUGGCGUCGGACGAAUGGAUCAGAGGAAGCAGUUUAUCGUUAUGCUUCUGUGGCUUCCAGUACUAGAGUGUGUUCUCAGAUUGGCACAGAUAUCAUGGCUAAGAAAGGGGGGAAUGCGGUGGAUGCAGCUGUGGCAACGCUGCUUUGUAUUGGCGUCGUCAGAAUUCAUAGUAGCGGAAUUGGGGGAGACAACUUCUGGACCAUCUAUGAAAGGAAAACAGGCAAAGUUUUGACUAUUCUAGCCCGCAGUAAGGCGCCUCUAGCGAGCAACUCAACCAUGUUUGUCAACAACACGGCGUCUAUCGUUGAAGGUGGGUUGUCGGUGGCUGUACCCGGCGAGGUGUUGGGCCUUUGGGAGGCUCAUGAAAGACUUGGACAUUUGUCAUGGAGCGAGCUGUUUGAACCGUCAAUCAGAUUAGCAGAAGAUGGAUUUCCUUUGGAAGCCACCACUGCAAAUGCUAUACGGCUUAAAGUUGCAGACGGUACAAUGGACAGACAUACAAACUUAAGAAAUCUCUUAACGAACCCAGCCACAGGGACCUGGUACAAAGAAGGAGAAACUUUCAAGAACCCCAAGUUGGCUGGAACUCUCAGGAAAAUUGCGGCUGAUGCAUCUGGGUUUUACAAUGGGACUUUGGCUGAGGACAUGGUUCAAGAGCUUCAGGAACUCAGUCCGCCCCUCCACCUUCGUCUCCAUGACAACAUGACAGUGUAUGCUCCGAGCCUGCCAUCUGGCGGCGUGGUGAUGCUGUACAUUCUCAACAUCCUAUUAGGCUACAACAUGACCUCAGAAGAUCUGUCAAGCAAGGAGAAGACGGUGCUCACGUAUCACCGACAUCUGGAAGCUUUCAAACAUGCAUACGCCAUCAGGUCCAGACUUGGCAGUACUGACGGAGAGCCUCAAGACUUCUUUGAGCAGAUGGAGCAGAUCACAGCAAACCUCACGUCUACUGAACAAGGGGAAAUAAUACGUAGUUUGAUAUCAGAUAUCAAGACAUUUCCAUGGAGAGACUACAACCCGGCUUUCGAUGUUCAGGAAGACGAUGGAACGUCGCAUUUAUCUGUUCUCGGACCAAACAGGGAUGCUGUAUCUGUGACAUCGACAAUCAAUCACUUUUUUGGAUCUAAAGUGGUAGGGUCUCGCACAGGAAUUAUCUACAACAACAUGAUGGAUGAUUUCUCAGUUCCUGGGGUGACCAAUGGGUUCGGGGUCAAGCCUUCACCAGCCAACUUUAUCAAGCCGGGCAAACAGCCGUUGUCCUCCAUGUCUCCUACGAUUGUGGUGGACAAGACAGGGAUGCCGGUUCUUGUCGUUGGUGCCGCGGGAGGCACCAGGAUUACAACAACAACUGCUUUUUUGAUGAGUCUGACACUUUGGUUGGGGAAGCGAAUGCAACCAGCCAUGACGUCACCUCGCAUACACCACCAGUUGCUUCCAAACGAGGCUGUCAUUUCCGAUAAUGCUCCGGAAUGGCUGGUUGCCGGUUUGAAGCAGAAAGGACAUGAAGUAAAACUGGUGGCCACAGUCAGUACCCCGACAGGGAUUCUUCAGUUGACCCCAGGACGAAUAUACGCCGACGCCCCUGGAUUUAUUGUGGACGGGUACUAG